UGAUAUUCACGUGAAGACGCGACUAUUAAAGCAGCCCUCAGAUUUUCCCCUCCUUAUUCCUGCGGCUUUUUCGUUUUCUCUGUUUGCAAACUCACGAAAAUACAAGCCUCGUCGUUCUUCAUUCGUAAUGGCCAACAGGCAUACUAUUAUUCUCAUGCAAACAUCUCAGAAUAGAGCAACUCGCACUUUCAUGGAUUACGAAUCAAUAAGUCAAGCAAUGGAUGGUAUUAAUCAUUACACUAUAACUGCAUGCACUUUUGAGAUAUACACUUUCUGGAUUACCUAUGAAAUUGCUUUAAAAGUUUUUUUUUCUUUUUUCGUAAAUGUGGGUAAGCAGAAAUAUGGCAUGAAACUAGGAAAAUAUUUGAAUCACAAACCUAUUUGUCAAUUACAGAUUUAUAUCAGCAGCUUGAAAUAUGUUACUAGAAUUCAACAUAUUUUAGCAAUCUACCUGUAGUCCUUGCAAACAAUUUCAUUCUGUAUCAUUAUCUAUAGGAGAAAAUCCUUCUUUCUCUUAUAAAACUUUGACAAAUGCUUAUUCUGUACCUUCUUAUCGAACCUCAACGAACAUUGGUCUGACUAAUUCAAGUAUGUUAAUCUUAACUUCCCAUUUUGUUCAUCACACCUUUAGAAUUAUGGACAAGAGCUUCUGUGAGAGUAAAUAUGAUAGACAAGAACUAGGAUGGAUAAAGGAAUGAAGGGUAUCUUUUGACUACAAGGUAAAGGAAAUCAAGGCAAAUAGAGAAUCACUCUUAUGAUGGGAUUGGAUAGUAGAAAGGAACUGGGACCUGUAUGGACUUACUUUCUAGGAAUAAGUAGGAUCAUUACGUCAAGGGAAAGGCCUUCUUAAAUCUCCAUAAGACUGCAUUCUUUUUCUUUUGCAUUAUAGGUGUGUUGUUAUAGACCCCGUGACAAGCAAGAAACUUCAUGGUUCUGGAGUUAGUUAGUCUAGGGAUGUUCUUGCAUUUAAUUGACUCAAGCCCUCAAUGACAGUCCAUAUUGAUGUUAGAAGUUUAUUCUGAGGCACUACAUAGAGUUGUGAGAUCAUAUGAUAUUCAGGAAAGUGCUCUUUCCCCUAAUGCUUAUACACAUCUCCAAGUUAAGAAAGUUAAAACCCGUCAUGUUUCACUAAAAUUCACUUGGAUACCUUCGAUUUUGAUCCACCCAUCCGUUAAUGGAAACAAAUAGAAAGGCUUUUGCACAAGACGACAGUUAUUUGUUUAAUACACUUGGAUGUUAAUUGCCUGGAAAAUGUAAAGUAUCCAUAUAGGAAAUAUCAACUAACUAAACCUUAGAGAGAGAAGAUGGAGUCUUUCCUCCCACCCAAUCUCCUCUUCUUCCCUUCCUUUCUUCAUUUAUAACAGAGAUAGCCCCUCCGCGACCAACCCUCAAAAAACAUCUCCGGCAGAAAAGGACCCACGCACCCUCACGCGCCACCGGAAGGAGUUUUCCAGCGGUCCACGCGCCGGCGCGUGACACUGUUUCCGGCCAGAUUUUGGGAAUUUUUCUUCAGAACAACCUCUUCUCCUCGCAAAUCCGAGCCUACCCAUCCAAUUAAAAUCAAAUUCCAACCGCUUUUAUAUUUUUCCGGUGUGAACAAUGUGUUUUCCAGCAUUUGAGUACUGCAAAAGCUUUUCCGGCAUCGUUCAGUACCGGAAAAUACAUCUUUCCUUCCUACACCCUAUUUUCACCCACUGUGAUUACUGAUUCUCUUAAAUAAAAGUUAUUUCUUAUGGGGGAAAAUAGAAUUUAUCUUAACGCUGGUUUUAAAUCUUUUGAUAUCAUCAGAUGGACCUCCAACAAUGAUACAUGGUUCGAUUGGGUGGAGAGAAGUCGCAAUAUGAUGAGACGCUUCACGUUAAGCAAAAAGACUAUGGAAUGGGUCUGUAAUGUGCUCAAAGAAGCUUCUAAUGACCAGAAGAAUGUGGUACGGAGAUGGAAGAAUAAGGACAGACUAACUGAAUAUUUUUGUACUAGGAAGUACAAUGACCAUGGGAGAUACAUGAGUAUAUUGUCUUUCAAAAGAGACAAUCGUGAGGUCAUUAUAAUCCCUGAACUUGCUUUGAAUGCAGGAUGGAGAGACAUUGCAUUUAAGAUAGAAAGGUUUAUUAAAUGCUCCUCCCAACUCAAUUUCAUAGGGCCACCCAGACUUUCUGUGGCAAAUUACCCUUAUGCCAAAGCAGUACAAGAGAGAGAAUGGCAAUCAAACAACCUUCAUGAAGCAGUUGUCAGCACUAAUAAAAGAGGCAUCACGAUCCUGGAGCCAAAUGGGAUGAAAGAUAACGGACUUCUGACAAGAUGUAUCAUUGGGUACUUUGAGAAGGAAACAACUGAGAGACCUACACUAUCAGACAUUCGAAGAUGGGCCUGUAUAACGUGGAAAACAACAUUUGGAGUGAACAUGUAUAGGAUGGCUGAGAAUCUUUUUCUGUCUGAGUUCCCCAACAGAAACAUGGCUGAGCAGAUUCUCCAAGGAGAAUGGAGGUGGAAGAAAUGCAAGCUUUAUCUCGAAUGGUGGAACCCCAUCACCGGUUGUCUUUCCAAAUCCAUAUCUGUCAAAAGCACCCGGAUCAGAGCCAUGGGAGUCCCCCUACAUCUGUGGUCACAUAAGAUUUUCAAAGAAAUAGGAGACCUUUGUGGUGGGUGGAAAGCUACGGAAGAAGAGACAGAACUCAAAAACCAUCUCAAGUGGGCAAGAAUUCAAGUAGCAGGAGAUGGCUGCAAUAUACCAAACGAGGUAGUCAUUGAGAGCGAGGGGGUCAAAUUUUUCAUACCAAUAUGGCCUGAAAGGAAAACUCGCUUUGAACUAGGGCCGGAGAUUUCCAGGGAGACAACCGGAGAUGACACAGGAUCGAAGCCUCUGAAGAACGGUCGGACAAAGAUAACCUACGAGGUAGAAGGGGUACAGGAUAGCCUUUUAGCUGUAGAUGGGACGGGUAAGUACCACGUGAGGUGUACUGAGUACAUUGACAAAAAUAAGGGAAAGGCACGUGCAAUGCAAGAGGAUGGUUUGGGAGAAAAAAUAUUACUUUUGGGCCAAUCCAGCGUGUCCAGCAAUGUGCCAGGUAUUAAAAAUACAAUUGGGCCUGACUGUGCAGCCCAAGUCAUCUUUAAUGAAUCAUAUCUGGAGCCCACAGAGAUAGCAAGGUUCGACUCUUUUCUAGAAGAAACGAAAGCUGUUUUACAUUCACAACAAGAAGCCAACCAGGAGAGUCAACAGAGGUUCGUUGAUGUAGUUGCAAACUUGGGGAGUUCACCACAUGCGGAGAUGCUGAUGCUAGAGGAGCCAAGAGAAGAAGAACGGAAAGGGUUACAAGAGAUGAAGGUAGACGAUGCUCUGCCACUAAUCGUAAUUGGGGAACCUCAUCUUAUUUUUGAAAUUGAGUGUGAGAACCAACUACAUCUCAAUUCAAUUGGGGAAAAUUGGGAAGUCGAAUAUGUUGAACCCCUUCUGGUUCAGCAUCAGGAGUCUUUUCUGGAGAAAGAGAUGGAUGCGACCUUAUGGGUUCAUCAACAUUUGCUCAAACUGAGCAAAAUGUUUGGGGUAGAUUUUCAGGGACAUGAAGAAGAAGCUUUGGAAUUACUUAUGCAGAUAUAUAGUUGUAGACAAGCUAGAAGGAUGGAGCCAGCACUAGACAUCAAGAAAACUAGAUUCAAAGGGGCAUACGAGCUGAAAGGUUUGGUUUCCUUUGAUGUUAAAUUCCAGAGCAACGGGAAAAGAUUUAGGGGAAAAAGCCUGACACUAAUUGAUCAAUGAAGUUCAAACUAGUUUCAUGGAAUGUAAGGGGACUUAUGAUUUGGCUAAAAGAAGGAUAGUAAAGAGUUUAGUUCAACUCUGGAAUGCAUAUAUUAUCUGAUUUCAGGAGACUAAACUUGAGGGGGAAAUACAAGAGCUUGUUAAGCAGAUUUGGGGAGGGCGCUGGGUGAAGAUUGCUUGUCUGGAGUCUAGUGGUACUAGAAGGGGCAUUAUGAUGUUAUGGGAUUGUAGAAUCUGAAAAGCGGAAGUCGUUCAAAUUGGAGCCUAUACAUUUGCAUGCAAAUUUGAGGCAUUCUUGCAGAACUCUGAAUGUCACAUAACAGGGGUGUAUGCCCCAAACUGUAAUAUUGAGAGGAGGAAAGUUUGGUGGGAGAUAGGAGCUGUGAGGGGUUUGGUGGAGGGCCCAUGGGCUGUUUGUGGUGAUUUUAACGUUACCGGAUUUCCUUCUAAGAAAAGGAACUGCCUUAGGAGAUCCAGAGCUAUGGUGGAAUUUUCAGAUUUUAUAAAUGAUAUGAAUCUGAUCGAUUUCCACUAGGAGGUGUUUACACCUGGUUCAAAGGGGAUAAUCAAAUAAUCUCCUCAAGAAUUGAUAGAAUCCUGAUCUCUGAAGAAUGGGAUGACACCUUCAGGAACAUCAAGCAAACCCUCUUCCAACGACUAAUCUCUGACCAUGUUCCUGUGUCUUUACAAUGUGGUUCUUGGGAGUACACCAAGUCAUACUUCAAGUUUGAUAGCUGGUGGCUGAACACAUAAGGCUUCAUAGAUAGAAUCAAAGAAUGGUGGACAUCUUUUGAAUUUUCAGGGAGGCUAGAUUUCAUCUUAGCUUGUAAAAUGAAAACACUCAAAGGCAAGCUGAAUGAAUGGAGUAGAAGUAGCCAGGGGAAUUUGGGAUUGCAAAAGACCAACAUGCUAAAUCACUUAGUAAUGUUGGACUUUACUCUAGAAUAUAGAGCCCUAACAGAAGAGUAAUCAAUGAAGAAGGCCUCUCUUCUCAUGGAAUAUGAGGAACACCUGAAAAAUGAAGAAAUUGCAUGGAGGCAGAGAUCCAGAGCUCUUUGGCUUAAGGAGGGGAACAAGAAUACAAGUUUCUUCCAUAAAAUUGCUUAUGCACAUAAGAGAAGCAAUAACAUUGAUCAGUUUGUUUAUUCAGGAAGAAACAAUUGUAGAGCCACAAAGAAUCAAGGCUGAGAUCAUUGACUUUU